UUGAAAUCUAGGAUUUGUUGACGAAAGUUUCUCAAUUACUACAAAUUUCAUUCGCAGCAACGGAACGGAGAAGAAACCAGAUUUCUUCGCUUUUUUCUCAGUUCGUUUCUUUCUAUCUCUCUUCUACUUUGAUCGGCGUAGUUUUCUCUCUUCGUGGCUUAUCCAUGACUAUGAUGACCCAGCCUGCUUUAGAUGACGAGGAGGAGAUGCUGGUGCCUCAUUCUGAUGUUGUCGUAGAAGGUCCUCAGCCUAUGGAAGUUGCAUCACAAGCAGAUGCCAAUAAUGUGGCUGAGAAUCAGGAGGGGGAGGAGCCUCCAACUUCUAAGUUUACAUGGACGAUUGAUAACUUUACUAGGUUGAACAUUAAGAAGCAUUACUCGGAUGCUUUUAUCAUUGGGGGUUAUAAAUGGCGGAUCUUGAUUUUUCCAAAAGGGAAUAAUGUGGAGUAUCUCUCCAUGUAUCUUGAUGUUGCGGAUGCUAAUAAUCUACCAUGUGGUUGGAAUAGAUUUGCUGCUUUUUGCUUGACAGUGGUUAAUCAAGCUCAUCAUAAGUAUUCCAUAAGAAAAGAGACUCAACAUCAAUUCAACGGUAGAGAGAGUGAUUGGGGCUUCACGUCUUUUAUGCCUCUUGGCGAAUUAUAUGAUCCUUCUAGAGGAUAUCUUGUUAAUGAUACUUUGGUGAUUGAAGCUGAGGUUGCGGUUCGCCGUGUAACGGAUUAUUGGGCGUAUGACUCAAAAAAAGAGACAGGCUUUGUUGGACUCAAGAAUCAGGGGGCGACUUGUUACAUGAAUUCUCUGCUCCAAACUUUAUAUCAUAUUCCUUACUUUAGAAAGUCUGUCUACCAUAUGCCAACUACCGAGAAUGAUAAUCCUUCUGGCAGCAUUCCUUUGGCUUUGCAAAGUUUGUUCUACAAGCUUCAAUAUAAUGAUACAAGUGUCUCGACAAAAGAAUUGACCAAGUCUUUCGGAUGGGACACAUAUGAUUCCUUCAUGCAACAUGAUGUACAGGAACUCAACAGAGUUCUGUGUGAGAAGCUUGAAGACAAGAUGAAGGGAACUGUUGUGGAGGGAAUGAUACAACAAUUAUUUGAAGGGCAUCAUAUGAACUAUAUUGAAUGUGUUAAUGUUAACUAUAAAUCUACUAGGAAGGAAUCAUUUUAUGAUCUUCAAUUAGAUGUCAAAGGCUGUCGAGAUGUGUAUGAUUCUUUUGACAAGUAUGUGGAAGUUGAGCGUCUUGAAGGAGAUAAUAAGUACCAUGCUGAGGAUCAUGGUUUACAGGAUGCCAAGAAAGGUGUUCUAUUCCUUGACUUCCCUCCCGUGCUUCAACUUCAACUCAAAAGGUUUGAAUAUGACUUUAUGCGAGACACUAUGGUAAAGAUCAAUGAUCGUUAUGAGUUUCCUCUUCAGCUUGAUCUUGAUAGAGAAAAUGGUAAAUAUCUUGCGCCUGGGGCAGAUAGGAGUGUUCGAAACCUAUAUACACUUCACAGUGUUUUGGUACAUAGUGGUGGAGUUCAUGGGGGACACUAUUAUGCGUUUAUUAGGCCAACCCUUUCUGACCAGUGGUUCAAAUUUGAUGAUGAACGCGUAACUAAAGAGGAUAUGAAAAAGGCGUUAGAAGAGCAGUAUGGUGGUGAAGAAGAGUUGCCACAGACAAAUCCUGCCUUUAAUAAUGCCCCUUUCAAGUUUACAAAAUAUUCAAAUGCCUAUAUGCUUGUGUAUGUACGCGAAAGUGACAAGGACAAAGUAGUUUGUGAUGUGGAUGAGAAAGAUAUUGCAGAACAUCUUAGGAUACGACUGAAGAAGGAACAGGAAUUGAAGGAAGACAAAAGGAAGUACAAAGCUCAAGCACAUCUUUAUACUAUCAUAAAGGUUGCACGAGAUAAUGAUCUUGCAGUACAGAUUGGAAGAGAUAUUUAUUUUGAUCUUGUGGAUCAUGAUAAAGUGCGUAGUUUCCGUGUUCAGAAGCAGAUGCUGUUCAAUGCAUUUAAGGAGGAUGUUGCUAAAGAAUUUGGUAUACCAGUUCAAUUCCAACGAUAUUGGAUAUGGGCAAAGCGCCAGAAUCAUACUUAUCGUCCUAAUCGGCCUUUAUCACCCAAUGAAGAACUUCAAGCGGUAGGACAAUUGAGGGAGGCAUCAAAUAAGGCACACAAUGCUGAACUUAGGUUAUUUCUGGAAGUAGAAAUGGGGAUGGAUCUUCACCCAAUCGCUCCUCCGGAUAAAACAAGAGAGGAAAUUUUGCUCUUUUUUAAGCUUUAUGAUCCUGCAAAGGAAGAACUUCGAUAUGUUGGUAGAAUGUUUGUUAAGGGUUCUGGAAAACCAGCUGAAAUUUUGACUAAACUCAAUGUGAUGGCUGGUUUUGCUCUUGAUGAGGAGAUUGAACUUUUUGAGGAGAUUAAGUUUGAACCAAUUGUCAUGUGUGAGCACCUUGAUAAGCUAACAACAUUUAGGGCAAGCCAGUUAGAAGAUGGUGACAUCAUCUGCUUCCAGAAAAUUCCUCCUGUUAAUGGUGCAGAUAAAUGCCGUUAUCCUGAUGUACCGUCGUUCUUAGAGUAUGUGCACAAUCGUCAGGUUGUCCAUUUUCGUUCUCUGGAGAGACCUAAGGAGGAUGAUUUCUGCCUAGAGUUGUCAAAAGUAAAUACAUAUGAUGACGUUGUUGAAAGAGUUGCUCAGCAACUUGGUCUGGAUGAUCCUUCAAAGAUUAGGCUGACAUCUCAUAAUAGCUACUCUCAGCAACCCAGACCCCAGCCUAUUAAAUACAGAGGAGUAGAUCAUUUGGCUGACAUGCUGAUUAGUCACAAUCAGGCCUCUGAUGUCUUGCAUUAUGAAGUUCUUGACAUUCCUUUACCGGAGUUGCAAGGACUGAAAAAUCUUAAAGUAACUUUUCAUGAUGCAACAAAGGAUGAGGUUGUCAUUCACAAUGUUAGAUUGCCGAAGCAAAGUACCGUUGGAGAUGUACUUGAUGAGCUGAAGACAAAGGUGGAACUUUCACAUCCUGACGCAGAGCUGAGAUUACUUGAAGUUUUUCACCAUAAAAUCUACAAGAUAUUUCCAACUAAUGAAAAUAUUGAAAGUAUAAAUGACCAGUACUGGACAGUGCGUGCAGAGGAGAUUCCUGAAGAAGAAAAGAACUUGCAAACCAAUGAUCGUUUGAUUCAUGUCUACCAUUUUACCAAGGACACUGCACAGAAUCAGAUGCAACCGCAGAACUUUGGGGAACCCUUUUUAUUAGUUAUUCAUGAAGGGGAGACACUAGCUGAAAUUAAAAUGAGAUUACAAAAAAAGUUGCGUGUUCCUGAUGAAGAAUUUUCCAAGUGGAAGUUUGCAUUUUGGUCACUAAACCGGCCAGAGUAUCUGCAGGACACAGACAUUGUAUCCAGUCGUUUUCAGAGGAGAGAUGUUUAUGGUGCCUGGGAGCAGUACCUGGGUUUGGAGCAUACUGAUACCUCUCCGAAAAGGGCUUACAUAGCCAAUCAGAACCGUCAUGCAUAUGAGAAGCCAGUAAAAAUUUACAACUGAUGUACUGAGCUAGCCUUCAAACUCGCAACUUCAUAAAAUGUCUUUCACCAUGAAAUAUGAAUCUGCAAGCAGGAUAGGCUUACGCAUCUGGCCCUACUCUGAAGACAUGCAUUCAGCGGGUUUUUAUGUGGUUGAUAUUUGCUUCAAGCAGGGAAGGAAUGUGGGUAGACUGUUCCAUUGGUGCAUAAGAGCUUGUUUGAGCUUUUGUGAUUAUUCUCAAUCUUCUGGAUGAAGACAGUAGUUUCUCCUAAAGGCCGCAAUUUUUACCAUAUUGAGUCCUAUGUAAGUUAGAAGUACAUAAGAUUUUUGGACAAAGCUUGUAAAGUGAUCAAUGAUUUUAGGAUAUUGUUCUCUCUUUUUUUGGUUUUUCUUUUUUACCUCACACCUCUUGGGUUAGUGCCAUAAGCUAAUGGGUGGUUGGUUGAAUUCAAGGGCUGAUGAGGCCUUUUUCUCAGGGAUCAUGUAAAGAGAACAGUAAUUGCCAAAUGUAGUUUAAAUUGAUUACAUAUGCAAAUGCAAUGAAGUGCAGUGUUUCUUCUA